UUAACUGCUAGUCAACUGCUAGCGGUAUUGUUUAUCCUUUUCGUUGAAGAGUAAUACUCGUCUGUAGCCUCUUGAUAUAUAGCUCUCUCGAUCGAAUUCAGGUUCAAGUGCCUGUACUAUCACAUACUACUACGACCGGCAUGUCAUUGCAUCGCAUAUUUCCUGUACAGACACCAGAUUAUCUACUUUCCUGCCAAUUUUCAUCAUGGUAUCCAACAUUUUCCUCCAUCAGUAUCAAAAGCACUAUAAUCCGUCCAUUGGAUCAACCAUUCAGGGAAUAUCUCGACUCGGAUGGCAUUUUCGUACCAGAAGGCUCGGAAAAUCCUCCCGCAGAAAGCUCUCUUUCGGAUCAAGAAGAUGAGGACGACAACGAAGAUGACGCUUGCAGUCGGACGAACUUCUCCUUCCCCGAUCUAGAUGAGCGGAUAAGACAAGUCAUCAAAGAAUACGGCGCAGUCUUCCCUAAGCUCAAUUUUUCUUCACCAAAGGAUGCAUCAUGGGUGCUACCACCAUCCUCGCCUCUCAAAUGCACAUCUCCAUCAGAUGUCUACAUCCUACUCAAAUCCUCAGACUUCAUAUCACACGAUCUAAGUAUCGACACGGUGUUUGAGGGAUGCCAAUACGAUCCCUCGAAUCCGCCGUCGUAUCAACUCGAGCUUUUCAGGUGUUUCGUCCGUGAAGGCCGUCUCGUAGGGAUAUCACAACGCGAUACGAAUUUCUACGACUUCAUGAACGAGCCCCAAACACAAAAACAAGAUCGUAGAGACGCUUCAGCUCCAAAUGGCUAUGGGCAACAAGACUACAUCUUUGAUGUGUUGAUGACGCGUGAUCUGUCUCGGGGACAUGUCCUAGACUUCAACCCAUACGCACCCCGGACAGAUCCCCUCCUAUUCACGUACGAAGAGCUCUUGUCGGUCUUCACACGUGGGCUGAGCGUACCCGAGCUCCGUAUCAUUGACUCACCUUUACAUCCGGUCGCAUCGCGCAACGCACCAGCUCACCAGCACAACAUGUUGCCAAUCGAAGCCCUCACGCUGAGUAGCGGUCGGGACAUCAACGACUUCUCAGAUUUGUGGAAGAAAGAGAUUCAGCAGUCCAUGAAUGAUGACGAUUAA